AUGGUUGCAGAAUCAGUUUCAGGAUUUCAUCUGUCCAUUAACACCACCGCAAAUAUCACCAAGCUGAGGAUUCCCUACCCGCAAACGGGCACGUGGUAUCUGAGCCUGCGAUCCCUGUGUGCCACUGAACACGGGUUUGAGAUGUGUACUAAUGUAACCGCUGAGGUGUACCUUCGCUCUUUCCUGACCCCCUGCAUCAAUGACUGUGGCACCUAUGGCCAGUGCAAACUCCUGCGGACCAACAACUACCUGUAUGCUGCAUGCGAGUGUAAAGCAGGUUGGGAUGGCUGGGGUUGCACGGACAACACAGAGGCGUACUCAUAUGGCUUCCAGCUGCUCUCAACUCUCCUUCUGUGCCUCAGCAACCUGAUGUUCAUCCCACCUGUGACCAUCGCUAUCCGCAGUCAUUACCUGCUGGAGGCGUCUGUCUAUAUAUUCACCAUGUUCUUUUCCACUUUUUAUCAUGCCUGUGACCAGCCAGGCAUUGUGGUCUUCUGCAUCAUGGAGUAUGACGUGCUGCAGUUCUGUGACUUCCUCGGCUCGCUCAUGUCUGUAUGGGUCACUGUUAUCGCCAUGGCCAGACUCAAAUCCAUUAUCAAACAGGUGCUGUACUUGCUGGGGGCGAUGGCUCUGUCAAUGGCCUUACAGCUGGACCGCCAUGGCCUGUGGAACCUGCUGGGCCCCAGUCUUUUCGCUUUAGGCAUCAUGGCCAUCGCCUGGACUGUGCGCACCAUCCGCCGGCGCCGCUGUUACCCGCCGACCUGGAAGCGCUGGGUCUUUUUCCUGUUCCCUGGCACCACCAUUGCCACAUCAGCGGUGGCCUUAUACGCCUUCGUGGAGACUGAGGAGAACUACUUCUAUAUCCACAGCAUCUGGCACAUGCUCAUUGCUGGGAGCGUCGGCUUCCUUCUGCCGCCUCGAGCCAAACCUGACGUGAAAGUCACUCCCCUGAAGCGGCGGCGAGGCUGCGGCUACCAGCUCUGUGUGAACGAGCACGAGGAGAUGGGACUGGUGGACCCAGCGAUCAUUACCAUCAACAGCAUAUGCACCAGCUGAUGAUGUUUAGCAACAUGGACUUUUAUUUGCCUUUCUUCUCCUUCCUUUGGAUUAUAAAAACACGGAAAACAAAGCCAGAGAACUUACUGAUGCACUGUAAAUAACUUUUGACCGAAACACACACAGACAUACACACGCUCUUGCAUAUACGUACAAGUUUUUGUCAUUGUUAUUUAGAUUACUAUUAUCGUUAAUAAUAUCAUUUGCAUUGUUAAUAUCUGGGAAUGGAUUGUGUCAGUACAGCGAUGCACUGUUAUUAGUGCAUUAUUUAAACCGUCUGAGCUGAUUUUUCUGCUGCUAUUGACAGUGACUGUAAAAUUUAAAAAUGUGUCAUGUAAUUUAUUCAUUGUUUUCUGGCACUCAAAUGACCAAAUGUUUUAUUGUGUUUAGAGGAUGCAAAGGAAGAACAUUACGUGGCUGUAUCAAGGGCACUGCUUUUUUAGUUUUCUUUCUAAACAUCUUUUGCACUGAGACACAAAAAAUGUGAUAUUGUACAUUUUUUAAAUAUAAGUAUAGUAAUGAUCCAGUCACAAUGUGUACAUGUAUAGUAUAGUUGUUUUCAGUGGAAUGUCUGAUUGUACUAUGGAUUGCAUUGUAUUGCCUUUGCAGCAUAAUUGAUUGUCGAUUUAUAGAGGGGUUAGGAAAGUGUCCGUUGCCAAGACCAGGUUUUAAUACGAAAUUACAAAAUAACCUCAUAUUUCCUGUUGUAUUUACCUAGUGAGGAUCAGAG